AAUGAUAUAGAUGCAGAAGUUGAAAGAAUUUUUGACAAAUCAUCAUUGAAAUAUAGAUGGCAGCACCUCCACCCGGAAGAGAUGAGCCCGCCGACUUUGAAACUGCAAUUGAAGCCUGCGGCUUUGGACUAUUCAACGUGUUUAUAAUGUGUUGUGCUGUGCCAUGUCUCUCAGCCAUGGUCUUCUCGGCCUCCACUAUAUCCUACAUACUGCCAACAGCUGAAUGCGAUUUGAAUUUGUCAUUAGUGGAAAAAGGUAUGCUGAAUGCGGUCACGUAUGGAGGCAUGAUUAUAUCCGCCAUACCAUGGGGCUUCAUUGCGGACACAAUGGGGCGCCGGCUGGUAUUGAUUUGUGGAGGCUGGAUUGAUGGCAUAUUUGUGCUCUGCGCAGCGCUCAGUCAAAAUCCCUCCCAGCUAAUGGUGUUCAAGUUCUUUGAUGGUUUCAUCAUUUGUGGUCCCUUUGCUGUGGUCGUUUCCUAUCUCGCUGAGUUCCAUGGCAAGAAGCACAGGCCCUAUAUUAUGCUCUUUGUCGGACUGAGCGUAUCGAUGGCCGCAUUGGUGCUGCCGCUCAUAGCCUACUUUCUGUUGCCCUUGCAUUUACGCUUCAACUCGGGGCCCCUGCAUUUUCACACAUGGCACAUAUUUGUGGCUGUGACGGCCGUGCCGAGCUUUUUAAGUGGCUUCCUGCACAUUUUUCUUCCCGAAAGCCCCAAGUUUCUCAUGGCUCAGGGAAACUACAACAAGGCCUUAUUGGCACUUCAACGCAUCUAUGCCCUAAAUAAGCACAAGAGUCGUGAUAGCUAUCCGGUGAAAAAGCUGACUGAUGACACACCCGAUCGUUCCGAGGAUCUGGAUCCCAAACGGCGAAGCUCAUUCCAGGAACGAUAUGCCAGAGCCAAGAUGAAGUUCAUCAAUGGCUUUAAGCAGCUGAAGCCGAUGUUCUCUAGCCCAUACCUGACCAUAUCUUUGCAGGUGUACUUCCUACACUUUUGUCAGAUCAUGUCGGUGAACUCAGUGCGUCUCUGGCUGCCGCAAAUAUUCGCCACCAUGCGACAGUUCGAGAUGCAGGGCAUCAACGAUACGAGCAUGUGUGCCGUGCUUAAGCAUAAUUCACGCACCGAACCGCUUGAUCCGAUCAUCCAGCAGGAGGAAUGUGAUAUACAUCAGCGACCAGAGACAUACCAGGAUAACAUAAUGGUGGCGAUUGUUGGUCUGAUCGGUUUUUUGGCUGUAUUUCCAUUGCUACGAAUCGCGCGAGUCGCCAAUCACAUAUUAAAAAUUUGCCUCUUUCUGGCCACAUUCAUUGUGGGAAGCUUGUACUUUGCGCAAACGACAUGGACCACUCUGAUUCUAGCUGCCAUUUAUCUCACUCUGAUGGGUAUUUGUGCUACGACAGUGAUUAGCAUGACAGUCGUCAUAUUUCCCACGCUAAUGAGAACUAUGGUCAUAUUAUUGAUAAUGACCUGCGGACGCUUGGGCUCGGUCAGCGGCAACUUGUUGCUGCCGAUUUUCAUUCAAAUCAACUGCGUAGCGCCAUUCGUUUGGCUAUGUUUUCUAAUGAUAAUUGCAUUCACAUUUGCAUGGUUCCUGCGCAUCGAUAGUCAGCAGACGCUGAACUGAAGAAAAUAUAAUGUUAUGAUAAUUGUAUAUAAAUUAUAACAAAUAAAGAUGUACUACAAC